UUGCAUACAGUGGUGGCCAACCGGACCGUCGCUUAGACUAUCAUUGAAUUUGGCAAAGUCAAAUCCACGCGGUAUAAAUAAUCGUCGCCAACUCAUCUUCGAUACACUUCCCUUUGAUCUCCUGACUAGUGAGGAAGCACAGAACAAUGAAAUUCGUUUUGAUUGGACUCGCCAUUAUUGGCGUUGCUACUGCCCAAUUCGCAAAGGCUCCAGCUCUACUUCGUCUCCCAACCCUUAAGCCUUUCCGUGCUACCCCAGUCGUCUAUAGACCAGUCUACUCACAAAUCCGCACCGAAGAUGGACAAUACCGCCAUACCGACGAUGGUCAAUACCGUCACACCAACGAUGGACAAUAUGUUCCUGACGAUUCUGGUCGCUAUGUCCAUGUCGAUUCUGGAUACGGCGGUGGAUACGGACAAUACACCGGUGACAACGGCAAAUACAUCCACCAAGAUAACAAAUACGUUCACCAAGAAGGACCACAAGGUGGAUCAGGACCUGGAUACGUCCAUGCCGGAGGAUUUGGUUCAGGAUCAUCCAAGGGAGUAGGUGCCUAUGCUCCACAAAUCAAGUAUGGUCAAGGUGAAGGUGGCUGGAAAAUCAUCCGUCAAAAUCAUGAAAACUUCCCACCCUACCAUUACUUGUACGAAACCGAAAACAAAAUCUUGGCUGAAGAAACCGGAAACUACGAAAACUAUGGAAGUGAAAGCCAAAAACUCCGUGCCUUCGGCUUCUACGAAUACAUCGGAGAUGAUGGUCAAAAAUACCGUGUUGACUAUACCGCUGAUGAAGGUGGCUUCGUACCAAAGGGUGCCCAUAUUGCCGAAAAUGUACAAAAGUCUGCCGAAUAUUUGGCCAAAACUGCCUAAGUUUUGAAAUUUGACACUUCUACGAACUUUUUCCUAAAACUUCUUUGACCUCCUUAGCGUGAUCUGUUUGAGCCAUUUUACGGCUCAAUCGUAACAAGAGACUUAAACAUUCUUGUAUUUGUAAUGUUUAUAUAAAAUAAUAAACUAUUGUAAUAUAAAUUAA